AUGUUCUCCGCCCGGGCACUUUCUCGCGCUGCGCGCACCGCCGCUCCCCGCGUCGCGCGUCCUGCCGUCGCUCCUCGCGUCGUCGCUACGAGGAGCUACGCCCAAGCUGCCGACACCAAGUCCGUCAAGCCGCCCGUCGCCCUGUACGGCGUUGAUGGCACCUACGCCAGCGCUCUGUUCGCUGACGGGCCAUCGUCGCAAAACCAACAGUACACCGCCGCCGCCAAGACCUCCACCCUCGAGCCCGUCUCUAAGGCCCUCGAGAACCUGGCCAACGUCUUCAAGAAGGACGCGAAGCUCGCCGAGGUCCUGUCGGCCCCGACCCUGACCGAGUCCGACAAGAAGCAGAUCGUCGCCGAGCUGACCAAGAUCGUCGGCACCGCGGACAAGGAGGGCGUCGUCAAGAACUUCCUCGAGACUCUCGCCGAGAACAACAGGCUCGGUGUGCUCCAGCCCGUCACUGAGAAGUUCGCUCAGCUCAUGAGCGCUUACCGCGGCGAGAUCGAGCUCAACGUCACCAGCGCUCAGCCGCUCGACAACAAGGUCCUCAACCGCCUCGAGGCCGCCGUCUCCAAGUCCCCCUACGCCCAGGGCAAGAAGCUCAAGGUCGUCCCCAAGGUUAACCCCGACAUCCGUGGCGGUCUCAUCGUCGAGAUCGGCGACAGGACCAUCGACCUCAGCGUCUCUGCCAAGCUGGCCCGCAUGAACAAGCUCCUCAACGACCAGCUGUAA